GUCGGGAAAUCAGCGAGCGGCACUGCGGCGCGGCGGCGGCUCUAACUCGGCGCGACAGGAUGUGGUUAGUACCUUGAGAAACUGCAGGUUCCAGAGAGAACACUUCAGACAGCCAGGUUGGAUUGAGAGAGCUGAUGCCUGGAGAGGGCUCAGUUAAAUCCUACAUUUCUUUCUCCUGGGGAAAUGAAAAGAGCAAAGACAAACCUUAGUGCAAGAAAUUGCAAGCCAGUGCCAAGAUGAGUGAUUAUGAAUGAACUUAGCAAUUCCAAGUGAAUCAGUCAGAGAAGUCUUCCUGGAGGAAGUGAGCCUUGAGUGCUGGCAAUAGCUAGCAGAAGCCCAGUGUGAGACCACAACAUAUCGAGCGGUUUUCAAGGUCAGGCCCAGGACUGGAACCGACCCAGCUGGGGUCCCCAUUGGUGCUAGAGGAUGAGGCUCCUCCGCAGACGCCACAUGCCCCUGCGCCUGGCCAUGGUUGGCAGUGCCUUUGUGCUCUUCCUCUUCAUCCUGCAGAGGGACGUAAGCAGCAGGGAGCAGGCCACAGAGAAACCAUGGCUGAGGUCCCUGGUCAACCAGAAGGAUCAUGUCCUGGACCUCAUGCUUGGAGCCAUGAACAACCUUAGAGAUUCGAUGCCCAAGCUCCAGAUCAGGGCUCCGGAACCCCAGCAGAAUCUGGUCUCCAUGAACCAGCCCUGCCUUCCUGGGUUCUAUACCCCAGCUGAGCUGAAGCCCUUCUGGGAACGGCCACCGCAGGACCCCAAAAGCCCUGGGGCAGAUGGAAAAGCAUUUCAGAAGAACAACUGGACCCCCCUGGAGACUCAAGAAAAGGAAGAGGGCUAUAAAAAGCAUUGCUUCAAUGCCUUUGCCAGUGACCGGAUCUCCCUGCAGAGGGCCCUGGGGCCAGAUACCCGACCCCCUGAGUGUGUUGACCAGAAGUUUCGGCGCUGUCCCCCACUCCCCACCACCAGUGUUAUCAUUGUGUUCCACAACGAGGCCUGGUCCACACUGCUGCGAACAGUGUACAGUGUCCUACACACCACCCCUGCCAUCUUGCUGAAGGAAAUCAUCCUGGUGGAUGAUGCCAGUACUGAGGAUUACUUGAAGGACAAGCUGGAACAGUACGUGAAGGAGCUGCAGGUGGUGAAGGUGGUGCGGCAGGUGGAGCGGAAGGGGCUUAUCACUGCCCGGCUGUUGGGGGCCAAAGUGGCACAGGCAGAGGUGCUCACAUUCUUGGAUGCCCACUGUGAGUGCUUCCACGGAUGGCUGGAGCCCCUCCUGGCUCGAAUUGCCGAAGACAAGACCGUGGUGGUGAGCCCAGACAUCGUCACCAUUGACCUUAACACUUUUGAGUUCUCCAAGCCAGUCCAAAGUGGCAGAGUCCAUAGCCGUGGCAAUUUUGACUGGAGCCUGACCUUUGGCUGGGAGACUCUACCUCCACAUGAGAAGCAGAGGCACAAAGAUGAGACCUACCCCAUCAAAUCCCCGACGUUUGCUGGUGGCCUCUUCUCCAUCUCCAAGUCCUACUUUGAGCACAUCGGUACCUAUGAUAAUCAGAUGGAGAUCUGGGGAGGGGAGAACGUGGAAAUGUCCUUCCGGGUGUGGCAGUGUGGGGGCCAACUGGAGAUCAUUCCCUGCUCUGUGGUGGGCCAUGUGUUCCGUACCAAGAGCCCCCACACCUUCCCCAAGGGCAUCAAUGUCAUUGCUCGCAACCAAGUGCGCUUGGCUGAGGUCUGGAUGGAUAGCUACAAGCAGAUAUUCUACAGGAGAAAUCUGCAGGCAGCAAAGAUGGCCCAAGAGAAAUCCUUUGGUGACAUUUCGGAACGGCUGAAACUAAGAGAACUUCUACAUUGUCGCAACUUUUCCUGGUUCCUGCACAACGUCUAUCCAGAGAUGUUUGUUCCUGACCUGAAGCCUACUUUCUAUGGAGCCAUCAAGAACCUCGGCAUCAAUCAAUGCCUGGAUGUGGGUGAGAACAACCACGGAGGGAAGCCUCUCAUCAUGUAUGCCUGCCAUGGUCUGGGCGGCAACCAGUACUUUGAGUACACAACCCAAAGGGACCUUCGCCACAACAUUGCAAAGCAGCUGUGUCUACAUGCCAGCGCUGAUACUCUGGACCUUAGGAGCUGUCAUUUCACUGGCAAAAAUAGCCAGGUCCCCAAGGACGAAGAAUGGGAAUUCACCCAGGAUCAGCUCAUCAGGAAUUUAGGAUCUGGUACCUGCCUGACAUCCCAGGACAAAAAGCCAGCCAUGGCCCCCUGCAAUCCCAGAGAUCCCCACCAGCUCUGGCUCUUUGUCUAGGCCUCAGUGGACCAUCCUCAGUGGAAGCCCACACAAGCUCUCAGGAAACAGGAUUGAUGAUGUCUGAGAACCUGAUGAUGAGCUUCUCUAGAAGCCUUAAAGAUAGAUUUCUAAACUCAAUGGAUGUCACGGCAGGACCUUCCUACUCCCUGCAACAACAUUGAGCCCAUUUUUUUUCCCUCUAUACUGAUGGAAGAGACCAUGAGAAUACAUGGCUUAUUUGGCUUAGGGCUUUCCUUCUGUUCUAGAAACAGACCUCCAAAGCAGAGAAGGCAGCUGGGCAAGGGCUCAGGAUAGCAAUGCUGAAUUCAAAAAGUACUGUUACAGCCAUGUCCUGAAUCUCUGUUCAUCCAAAGCACCCACAGAAUUCAGUGAAGUGGUGUGUGCCAACAGAGGGAUUAGAGGUCUAAGAGAGCCUCCCUUGCUAGUAUCAUCCAGAGUUUAUAGACUAUUUACAGUUUAUAGGAAGCACCCUGACAGGUAUGUACAAUAAUCCUGUGAAAAAGGAUAGGAACCACUGUGUCCAUUUUACAGAUCAGAAAGUUGAGGCAGAGAGAUAAAGAAGAUUGUCAUCCCAAACUAGUGGAUAGCUGGAGCUAAGACUGAGGUUCAGUCUUCAGUGCUGAACCAAGGUUCUUUCCAGCACACCACAGAACACUAAAGAACUAUCACCAGCCUUCCCAUUCUCGCCUCCCUCCAUUCUGACCAUUUCUUAACGAUUGGCCUCCAUAAAGCCUGUAAGGAUAAAUCCAGGUAUCCAUAUUGGGAGAGACCACAUUUGGCAAUCCUGGGAUAGAAUGUUGAAAGAAAGCUCAUGGUGCCAGUGACCGCCCAAUUUAAGUCCUGGAACCCUUUUAUUUCUAAUCUCCUUAUAUCUGGUAGAUAAAAAGGAAAGUUGCAUGGGUAAAAUUGAGGGAGGUAGGGUAAUGCCUCCAGUACCUGAAUUUCUAAAAAAAUCUAUAAGCACAAUUAAAAAAUCAUUGCUUUAGCCCAACCCUAUCUUUUCAUAUUAUGAAACCAAGGCCAGAUAAGUCCCUGGCCACCCAGCAAGGUAUUGGCAGCCCUGAGAGGCUAGGACCCAGAUAAUAACAAGAGGUCUGGGAAGUCUGAGAAUACUGGGGCAGCAUGCAGGGUCCUACAUGAAAGACUGACCUAUCUGCUGUACUCAUAUGAAGUCCCUGCAUGGAGCAGACCCACCGUCCAGACCAGCUCUUCUCCAAGCAAGUUGAACCCCACCUCAUGGAGGAUUUCUUUGCCUGAAGAAGAAAGCCCAGCUGCCUAGGGGAGGACUAAAAUUCUAUCCUAGAAGGCUCUUUUGGCUUUCUGUAGCAGCCUGUCACCACAUGGGGGUGCCAGGGGACCACAGCUGCCUCCUGUUCCCACAACUCUGCGCUAUCGCUAUCAGAAACCUCUGAAGUCCUGGAGAGACUUGAGGACUACUUGGAGUAGACCUGCCAAAGGGAAAGGAGAGAGUGAUCAGGAUGUGACCCGGAGUAGGGGAAAGGAAAAGUUCUUUCCUGAAAAAAAAUAAGAGAAUUGGACAAGGGAUCCCAGUGGAAAUAAAGAUUUUAUGGCAUUGGUAAA